CUUUGCGAAAUGCAAAUUCGAGUAUCCUAUCUAUUUCUUGUCAAUUGUGGCUUCUCUUCAAGUUGAUUCUCUUCGGUUUCGCUGAUCUCAAGUGCUCAAAAUCCUCUUUGAGAUAUUUCGUAUCGCCCUUAUACACCUGAAAAGGGGUAGUUCUACAGUUGGACGUGCAUCUAAAAAGGUAUUGUAUGAGUCAAAAAAUAGAAAAACCAAUAUUAUCAGGUCAACGCAUAAAGACCAGAAAAAGAGAUGAAAAAGAAAAAUAUGACCCAAUGGGAUUUCGAGAUGCGAUUUUACUUGGUUUGGAAAAGGCUGGUAACGACUUAGAUGCAAUUUCAAAGUACUUGGACGCAGCUGGCUCUAAAUUAGAUUACCGCCGAUAUGGGGAGGACUUAUUUGACAUCUUAAUAGCUGGUGGACUUUUGGUUCCAGGCGGUUCUAUUGCUCAAGAUGGUGAUAAACCAGUUAAAACUACUGCUUGUGUUUUUGAACAACCAGAAGAUAUGGAAUCUAUGCGAAAUUUUGAACAAGUUUUUAUUAAACUUAUGAGACGUUAUAAAUAUCUGGAAAAAAUGUUUGAAGAAGAAAUGAAAAAAGUAUUGGUUUUUAUGAAAGGUUUUACUCCUAAAGAAAGAAUAAAAUUAGCUAGAAUGACAGCUCUAUGGAUAUCCAAUGGUUCUGUUCCACCUACUGUUUUAUCAGUUUUAAUUAAUGAACAUCUGGUUAAAGACAACUUAGCAUUAGACUUUCUAUUAGAAGUUUUUGUCACUUGGAGACAGGAAAAAGGUCUAUCAAGUUUAAUGACUGCAUUGAAAAAAGGCAAUAUUGAAGGAAGGUUAAUGGAAUUUGUGCCGCCUAAUAAACGAACCGAAGAGUAUUUUCGAUCUGUAUUUGAAGCUGUUGGUCUUGCAGACAUUGUAAAAUUACAUAAAGCUCAAGCAAGUCAAGAAGCAAAACGAGACUUGCAACAAUUAUUAUUGGAUGAUUUGGCUGAUAAUCGUCCUUUAAAAGAUAUUAUACUUGAUCUCAAAGAAAUGGCACAAAAGAGUGGUAUUCCUGAACAUGAAGUUAUUGGCCUGAUUUGGCUUGUAGUUAUGGGUCAAGCUGAAUGGAAUAAAAAAGAAGAAUUAGUGGCUGACCAAGCACUGAAACAUUUAAAAGUAUACACUCCACUGUUUGAUGCUUUUACAACCACUGCCAGAUCUGAGCAUGCGCUUAUUCUCAAAGUCCAGGAAUUUUGUUAUGAGAAUAUGAACUUUAUGAAAGUCUUCCAAAAAAUUGUUUUACUAUUUUAUAAAACGGAUGUAAUAUCGGAAGAAGUAAUUUUGAAAUGGUAUAAGGAAGGCCAUUCUGUUAAAGGAAAAAUGAUGUUUUUAGAUCAAAUGAAAAAAUUCGUUGAGUGGUUACAAAAUGCAGAAGAAGAAUCUGAAUCAGGAGAAGAAGAAGAUUAAAAACACAAAAAAUAAUAUAAGCUUCAUUAUCAA